AUGAGUGAAACACCAGUUGCUGCAACAAGACGAUCACGAACAACCAAUAAUGUGAGUCAUCAAUUUUCCAGAUUUUUUUUAUGUAUUGAUUUUUUAGUCAAAUGAAACUGGUCUCUUGAUAAAUGUGAUUCGCUCACUUACUUCGAGUGUUUCUGAAGAUCAAAGAGAAAUUGAAAAGUCUCGUUUGGAAAAAGGUUUCAAAGAAUCUGGUAUUCUUAUCGAUCGAUUAGUUAAAAGUAAGCUAUGCUUUUUUAAAAAUGAAUUCUGACAUUGUCGAAUUUAGAUCACCAACAAGAUGUUGAGGAAUGUUUGAUUUCAUUUCGAGAUGUUUCAACAAAAAUAUCGAAUUGUCGAGAACGAAUUCAUAAUGUUCGUAACGCGAUUCACACUUGUAAAUCUUUGUUGGAAUUAAGAAGAGAUGAUUUGAAAAAAUUAUGGUUAGAAAAUGCUCAACAAAAAUCGGUGUGUGAAAUCAUGGCACAAUUGUAAGUAUUUUUCAAUAAAUUAUUUACUCCGAACUAAUUUUUUUUACAUAACAGGGAAGAACUUCGAGAAUCACCAUCAAAAAUUGAAAGUUUGAUAUUGAAAGAGAAUUAUCAAGAAGCGGCUGCAAUUGUGACAGAAUCACGUGAACUUAUGCAAGGAAAGUUAUCAUGUAUUGAAGGAUUAUCUCAAUUGGCAACACAAAUUGAAAGAUUUGCCAAAGUUUUGAUCGAAAAAAUCAACGAUUUGUUAGUGAAUAUGUUGGUUGUUGAGCCAUUUGAAAAACAUGUGAGUAUUUCAUCAAAUAUAAAUAUUAUUAGAGCUAAUUUUCAGCUUUUCAAUAUAAUCCGAACUAUUCCUGAAUAUAAAAUCCAGCAAAAUCUAUAUUGUUCAUCACUUUACGAAAAAUCUAAAAACGGAUUUUUGUCGAAUGAGUCAAAUAAAGAUAGAAUAAAACAAUCAGUGAGUGCAUUGUCAAGUUUAGAAGAAGGAGAUUGGGAUAUCGACAGAUUAAUGAUGCUUUCCAAAAAUAUGAUUGAUAAAAUGGUAAGUUUUAUUGAUUUUCAAAAUGUUUUUCAUAAUUGUAAAUUUUGUUCAGAUAAUAAAUAGUGUUCAAGUAAUGCGAGUUGGUUGUAAUAUCGAUGAAAACAAUGAAGGCGAUUCAUCACAUUUAAAACAAUUAAUGCAAAUGGUAAACAUAUCUAAUUAUUUUUUUUAAUUCAAAUAUCAUAGUGAUACAUAUUUUAGUUAUCCGCUCAACUUGAUUCAUCGUGUCUUCAACAUAACGUUUUUGCAAAUCUUGUUGAAGAACAUAUUGGGAGAAAAGAUGUUGCUUCUUCAUUUUGGAGAUCUGCUCAAACAGCUGUCGAGGUAUUUUUCCGUAAAACUUUGAAUAAUUAUCUAGGCCAAGCAAAAUUUUUUGAAAAAUUUUAUUAUUUUCGUUAACUCAAUUUAUAAAAACAAUGGAAAAUGAGAAUGUCUUAGUUCACGUUAAAUUUAAGUUUAAAAAUUUUUUUUUGUAAUUCGAAUUUCAAAAAAUUUCAAAAAUCUAUUCAAACAAUAUAAUUUAAAUAUUUCAGUUGGUUGUUUCCGAACAUUUGGAUAUAAAUCCGCUUUUGGAAAAACAAAAUGUAUUGAACAAUAUCAAUAGAAAACAAUUGUUCCGAUUUGAUUGCACGGCAUGUUCAACUUCUCCAAAUGUUACUUCUUCUACUUCACAUGUAAGUUGCAUUUUUCUCAAUUUUUCCCUUAAUUUUCUUCAUAUAUUUAUAUAUUUUUAGGCAAAAGUACUGAUUUGCAAACCGUCUGCUUAUAAUAUUGUUGUGAUUUUUCCGAUUUUGAGUCGAUUAAUGGAAAAUAUUGAGAAACAAAUCAAUGAAUCGCCAUGCGAUUUGAGGUAUUUGUUUUUAGUGCUUAUUCAGAAAAUUAGAGAUCAAAAUUUUGAAAUUUUUCAGACGAUUUAUGCAUUCAUUUGUUAUGGAAAUGUUUGUUGAACGUGUAAAAAGUAAUUUAGCGAGUCGAAUUGAAGAAGCACUUCGAGGUUCACAAAAUCUAAUCAACAAUAACAACAAUCAAAAAAACAAAAGAAUAUUAUUGUCAUGUGAAAAAGUUCUCGAAUUAUGUAAAGAAGUUCAUGAUUUAAUUGUUAGUAUGGAUUUAUAUGCUGAUCGAUUUGCUGCACUUUGGCUACUAGUUUUAACAGAUUAUUAUAAAAAUAUGACUGAUAUUUAUGAAAAAAUGACACCAUCUGGAGGAAUUAUUGAUGAAAAUAAUGUGGUUUUAGCAACAAAAAGGCAGAAAUUAUCAGCUGCUUGGACAGCAGAUGAUGAUAUUUCGAGAUUAUUGAUGAGUUUACCAAAUUGGACUCAGGUACGGUAGAUUUUUUGUGGGAAAAAAUAUUGACUAAUAAAAUUAUUAUCCAGGCCAAAAUUUCACCAACAACUCCUGCAAUUGAAAGUGAAAUUGAUGUUGGGGAAAGAAAUAAAAGAGAAUCAGAAAUCCUAAUUGGAAAUCUUGGAACACAAGCACAAAAUAAACUAAUGGAAAGCGAUUUGAUAAUUGAUAUGAAUGAUAUUCAAAUGUUUGCUUGUCUUCAUGAAUCACUUAAAUGGUUUGGUGAACAAAUUCGAGAACUUGUUUAUUGUUUACCUGCUCAUGUUAAAGUUGUACUUGAUACUUGUAUGGUUCAAGUUCGAUUGAAAGAUGGACAAAUGAUUGAUAAUGUAAGUUGAAUACCUGAUUAUUUUAAAACGUCAUUCUAAUUCAGAAAUCAGUUCCAUCUGCAAUCGAAGAUUGUGUAAAUCGUCUUGAAUCAAUCGCCGAUUCUUGUCUUCUUUUACUUCAUAUCGAAAUUCGUGUUCAUUGCUUUUUCCAUCUCGCACCAUUAGCAAAAUAUCGAAAUUCUUCGGCAAAUAAUGAAGUCGAUCCAGAAGUUGUAGCAUUAGGAAAAGAUUUGCAACAAUUUUAUAACGAACUCAAAGAUAUUUUAACGGGACCAAAAAUUUCGUAUGUUUUUGAUGGAUUAGGACAUCUUUGUGCUGCAAUUUUUAUACAUAUUAGGUUAGUUUCGAAAUAUGAAUUUGAAUUUAUCACGAACAUGUUUAUAGUCAAUUUAUGCCUCGAUUAACUGAAGCGGCAAAAAAACGCGUUUGUCGAAAUGUUUGGGGAGUUCAGCAAAGAUUAUCGAGAAUAACAAAUCGAAGAGAAGCUGAUUUGGAUAAAGCUAGAGCAUUUUUCGAUUUAUUAUUGACAAAUGAUCCCGAUGGAAUAUUAUCAAUUGUUCCGGAAAAACGGUUUGUUAUUCAAAUAAUCAUUUAUAUCUGGUUUUUCACGAAAAAUCCAAUUUAAUAUAUUUUGGAUAAAAGUUGACAAAAAAUUACAAUUAAAAAAAAUAGUUCGAAAUUUAUCAAGAAGGUUCUUUAUAUUGUCAUUCCGAAAAUAAAAGAACCCCCGUUUGAAUUGGCGCUCACGUACAGUAGACUAAAAAUGACGUGACACAUGCACAUCAAACUGGUUGGCAAAUAGCCAACGUGUAAAUUUCGCAUUUUAUUUUUCAAAUAGACUCCAAAAUUUUGCGAAGUCUACUGUAGUCUUGGUGUCCUAGGCCAUUUCGGUUCUCUUCCAAGUUCUUAUUUUUCGGAAUGACAAUACUCAUUUUUUCCAGAUCAAUGUUCACACCAAUCGAGCUAAGCUAUCUUCUUGCGUUAUCAGUUCGAAGUGAUAAAAUUCUCGGGAGUCAACACGGUGCACUUGAAAAAAGACAAAUGCAAUUGAAUUCGAUUUUGAAAUCUUUAUCAUAA